AUGACCGCUCGUCGCGAUCGUUGCGACCCGCGGGCUACCGCGUCGUCUAUAUCUAAUUUGAAUUCCAAAGUGCCGCCCGGUCGUUUGUGUGAUGUGAACAGGGAACGCUUAAAGCUCGCAGGAUACCACCCCGGACCGCUGCUGCAGUAUAUACCAAUGUUAUCUGAUUACCGCGACGGUACAAAGGGCGGCAGCGACGGCGACAAUAAUAUGCUUUUAUAUUAA